AUGGCUUUCACAAUCGUCCUUCAUCUCCUUCUUGUUCUCUUUCCUUUGAAAUAUACUGCUAACGAUAAUGUUGGAAUCACAGUUGAUCUCAUACCUCGUAAUUCUCCUUUAUCUCCUUUCUACAAUGCCUCGGUGACACAUUUCGAUCGCUUGCACGAUGCCUUCGAACGCUCAUUAAAGCGUGUCAAUAAUUUCAAGCGAGUACUGGAAAAUCGUGCAAGAUCGAGCAAAUUCCAAACCCAGAUUAUACCAAGUGAAGGUGAGGGAGAAUUCCUAAUGAACAUAUCAAUAGGAACUCCACCGUUCCAGGUUCUCGGGAUCGUUGACACUGGUAGUGAUCUUACUUGGACACAGUGCUUGCCAUGCAGAGAAUGUUUCAAACAGAAACUACCUUUCUUUAAUCCUAAACAUUCCUCAUCGUACCAGACAGUUUCGUGCGAAUCUAGUGCCUGUAACCACUUGUACCUAUCAACAUGUAGUGGCGACCGGAAAACCUGCGAGUUUGGCUACUCAUACGGAGAUGGCUCUGAAACUUCUGGAGUUCUUUCCUCUGAUACGUUCACGAUGGGCAUCAAAAACCCAGUUUCUCUUCGGAAUAUCUCCUUUGGGUGUGCACAUGACACUACUGGGAAAUUUGAUGAGUCCAUGUCUGGUCUUGUGGGGCUAGGAGGUGGGAAAAUCUCGUUUAUUUCUCAGAUCGGGGAGUCUGUGGGCAGAAGAUUCUCGUACUGUAAUCCACGAGUUGAAGCAUCCUCAACCUCCUCGAAAGUUGUCUCCGGCAUUAUGAGCUUUGGGAAAGAUGCUGUCGUGUCUGGUUCUGGUGUAGUAACGACUCCUAUUAUAUCAAAAGAACUCGACACUUUCUACUACCUUACACUGAAAGGUAUCAGUGUAGGAAACAAGAGAGUCUCAUAUAAAGGUUCAAAAGUUACAGAAAAUGAGAAUGAAGGUAAUAUUAUUAUCGAUUCAGGAACAACGUUGACUUUUCUGCCGGCUGGGUUUUUUGAUGAUUUGGUAAAGGCUUUGGAAGAAGCAAUCGAUGGUGAGAAGGUGGAUGACCCAGGCAAUGUUUUGAGACUUUGUUAUAAAUCUACAGUCGACAACCUUAAUAUCCCAAUUCUGACAGCUCAUUUUGAAGGUGGCGAUGUUGAGUUACAGCCCUUUAAUACGUUUGUUCAGGUGGCUGAUGGUGUGGUUUGCUUGUCCAUGCUAGAGGGAGAUACUCCAGUAUAUGGGAACUUGGCUCAGAGAAACUUUUUGAUUGGAUAUGACCUUGAGGCUAGUAAGGUUUCCCUUGUAUCAAGAGAUUGCUCUAAACAUUAA